AUAGAAGGAGAGACUCUGUGAGGUACAACCUAGGUCUUGGGGUCAUGUAUACAGAACAAGACUUAAUUGGAUGAAUUUUGUUCAACGAUUAUUUUAUGCCUACCUCUGAUCUUACAGUGCCCUCGAGGAGGCAAAAAUGGUCCCUCUCCAUCUUUUUCUGUGAUAAUAUGGUCCUAUGAUUAUGGUCUCUUUAAGCGAAAAUAAAAGUGUCUUGAAUUUUUCCGCAAAAUCACCUCUUCAACAAAGAAAACUAUUUUAAGGGGAAAACGAUUAUAUGCCCUUUUUCAUAAAAUAAUUAAAACAGAGUUGUUAUAAGCGGCAGAAUAGAGCUGAAAAAAGCUUUACAACUUGAAAUUUCAAAAUUUUCCGAGCCGCUAGCUCGCGGAAUAUAGCUUAUGAUGGGGUGUCCAAACUUUUCAAAAAUAUUCAUCAGGCUUAAUUUUUUUCACAAAAUAUUCAUAAUUUAUACAAAACCAGUAGAAGUAGUUACCACAUUGACGGCAAGAUCGUAAACUAUAAAAUCAUGGACGAAAAUGUAAAUUAGGUCAAGGGGAUUCGCCGGUAUCGCGAUCUCAAAAUUCUAUUCCGAUCGGCGAAUGCGCGCUGUGCUGGAAAACCGUUCAGAAAAAGUGUGACCUAACUUCGCGGACCAAAGUUUUUGUGGACUAAAUGUCCAAAAGGGAAAUAUUUGUAUCAGAUUGAUGGCAAAAUGCUAUAGAAUCGGUUAGUACCACAUUUAACUCACAUUUUUGAUGAUUUCAGCUUGCAAAAUGGUGAUAUCGUAAUGCUUGUUGAAAAUAUCAGAUUUCUUCAAAACGGGCGCUAACGGUGACAAAUUUGCCGAUCUUUUGCCAAUAUUUUCAUGAAUACUGAACUCAUCCUAAAUAAACUUACACCAAAGGAUGAUUUUAGGGUCGCUUUUCACGUUGAUGAUGUCAGAUUUUAAGAAUAUUGGCUAGUUUUUUUGAUAAUGACCGUCCGCGAAGUUUGGACACGCGCGAAGUUUGGACUCACUGCCAUACAUGUAUGUUAUAUUUAAUAUUCAGAUAUCCACCUCGAAAAGGUUUUGCUCAUUUGCUUAUACAUUACCACGAAAAAGAUAGCUACGUCUAUCAUAUUAAAGCGGAAUGUGAUUGUGAAAAUCUGUUUUCCUCCAAUUCCACUUUUGACAUAGGUGUUGUUUUUGACAAAUGAAAUACAAUUUUCUAAACUUAACGUUAUAACAAUCUAGUGCUUAUCAUCUGAAGGCCUAAUCCUCCCCCUUAAGGUUGGAUUUCGUUAUUGGAUUGUAAUUUUAUGAGGGGGGGGGGGCAUUAUCAGGGGCGGUCCAGCUUUCGCCAAUUGAUAGGGGGCCGCCGAAACAAAUUUCACCCAUAUUUCCCCCCGAUCGGCCGCACAAAGAUGAUUUUUGUUUCUUUCUUGGAAGGGGUAGUCCUAACAGUCACUUCUUAGCUUUAUUCUUAUAAAACAACAUAAAUAUAUAAUAAUCUCAUACGCCCUAUUUAGUCAGUGCGAGCGCGAAGCGCGAGCUGAUUUUUUUGUUGUUGUAAUUUCAUGCAUUUUGUCCUGAAAAUUGAACAUUCUAAUUGCGGGGCUCCUAAAGCAAAAAGCCGAGAAAAUAUUGCUAUGUAUCAAACAUUUAGCUUUACUUAAGUAAGCCUUGAAUACCCUCUGGUAAAGGAGGGUUCCCAGCUAAAAGCGGGGCUCCUUGCAAAAAGCCGGGAAAACAUUGCGAUGUAUUAUAAACUUGCCCACUGAUGAUGGUAUAAGUGUCUUAAGCAGUUUGACAUGACUGUCUCCCUCUUCUGCCCUCUGAUUUCAUCAUUUUGUGGGUUUUUUUUUUACUGGUCUCCCUCCCUCUUAAUAUUGGAUUUUGCAUCCUGUCUGAGAAUGUCCUGCAUCUUGAGCAUAUUUUCUACUCCACUUGGACUGAUCUAACUCACGCUUUGGCAGGGUCAACUCAAUUCAUCCUAUGCAGUCCCACCUAUUCAUCUUCAAGUUUGGCGGGAACAUUUCUUCAACUCCAGUCAGAACACUAUAACAACUGUCUGGGCUUCAAGCUACUACAAGUUCUACACUCAUCCCAGUGGUGAAUUGACUUGCAGUGUGAAGGGGGACGUUAGUCACAAAAUUAUUAGGUCAUGGCCAGCUCCCAGAACCCUGCUCGCAUCAUGGUCUGGAGCACGCCGCGGUCGGUGUCGACGGCGUUCGCGCGAUCGAUGUCGGCUCGAGGAGACACGGAGGUGUUCUGGGAGCCAUACCUGGCCUGUUAUUCGUUUGGACCCGAUCGGGAGAUCCACUGGGGAGAUGGUAUGCCAAAUAUGCUGAAUGACAAGUACACGUACAGUUAUAUCAAGGAGCUUCUAAACGCCGAUUAUCCGGGUGCCAAAGUCCUCUUCGUCAAGGGAAUGGUCGAAGGAAUCAGAGGUCACUUCGACGUCGUCGACCGUGGUUACAAGCACUCCUUUCUCAUCCGACAUCCAAAGAAGUCCUUCCGCUCUCUUGCGCGCAUCGAGAACGACCUCAAUCUCAGCCCGGUAUUCAAUCUCCGCACGUUCAAGGACAUCUACCACGACCUAGAGAGGUUCUAUCAAUUCGUCCAGACGGAUUUCGGCCAGUCAGCGCCUCCCAUCAUCGACGCAGACGACCUGGUGACACAACCCGAGAAGAUCCUACCGAAGUACUGCGAAGCAAUGGGCAUCGCGUACACUCCCAAGAUGCUGGACUGGGAAAGUGUCAGCGCCGAUCAGCUGAACUGGCACUGCACUGACGUCGGGGACAUCGCCAACCCGACUCUGAAGGACAGCAUCGUGCUAUCGAAUGCCAUGAAAGGGAAGGGUUUUGGCAAGGCCCCCGAUCCCACGAAGGAAACCUCGAGUCCCGCCAUUGUGGAAGAGUGUGCAGAGCACGCACUACCUGCAUACGAAAGGCUCUACGCUCUGCGUAUCCAACCAUAGUUACCGUGCUAACGCUGAUGACAAUCGAUAUUUACGGGACAAUUCAUUUCAAGCAAUCAAGUUGGGGGUUAAAACAAUGGGAAAUGCCGAACGCCGUAAGAUUUUUGCAGAUAAGUAGGCCUACAUGCUAGCAGCUAAAACAAAGUUUAGCCAAUUUGCAAUAGAGAAAAUACAUAGUAGCUGUGCAGCUUGUUGUGAUGCUUUUAUCUAUGAACGUGUUUUCACUCAUGCAAUCCCUAUAGACUUAGGUUUGUUUAUGCCCAAGCCCACCCCCAACAAAGAUAAAUUAAUUUUUUUUAAAUGAAGAGACCAGUUCGUUUUACUUUAUGGACAAUUUUGGUCUAAUGAGCUUUCAUUUCUUUCAUUGUGAUAGGCAGAUUUCAAAGCAUGCCUUACAUAGCAGGAUGCAGAAAUUGAAUAGAUCAGGUGAUUAGAAUAGCACAUCAAUGAACACUCUAUGAAGGUAUUUGUUGCAUUUCUACUUUGAAUGCAUAUUAUAGCAUGUUGUACAAUGUACUGGCAAACUGUAAAAAAAAAACGUACUAAAUACGGCUUAAACGUACUGGUUGGCAGGUCUGUAAAUAUAGUCAGCGUGGUAUUUUGAUAGGGUGCCAAGCAUGACAGAAAAAAGAAGAAAUAAGGAUCCUUAACCUAUUUCGGUUGAUUUGGACAAUCAAUCAAAAGACAGUAGCCAAAGUGAGUUUCCGCUUCCAAGAAGCACAAGGUAUAUUCACAAUCACAGUAAAUGUACUGAAAAUGCCCGCCAAAUGACAAUGAACAGCUGGGAGGGGUUUCCGCACCGCGGCUCAGAAUGGAUACAGGAACAUGGUAAAUGCAUAGCCAAGCGUUCUUCAUGGCAAAGAGCAACCAUGAAGUCUUUGUCUAAAAUUGGCGAAUAAAAAAAAACCGUUUCGUCCUGGUCUCUGGACAAACAACAUCUUUGUAAUUUUUCGUCAGCACCGGAACUAAGGACGAAACAGCUAUUCUAUUCCGUUUCACCAAUUUUCGACAAAGACCUCCCAGCUGUUCAUUGUCAUUUGAUGGGUAUUUUCAAUACAUUUACUGUGUUCUUGAAUCCGUUCUGCGUCGCCGCGCAAAAACAUUACAUCAACUACAUGUACGCCCUCUACGACGAUGGUUGUAGUAGGUGAAAGCGACCCAGCGCUUUCAUGUGGCGCUUCCACUAAACCUCAUUUCCUUGAGUCUUUUUAGGUACUUUUCAAGGACAACUCCUUUGUCCAAACUUAAACAAAAAUAAUAAACAAAACUUUAUAGAACAUCUAGUCGCUAUGAUUGUAAUUGUUUUGCUCGCUCGCUCGCACAUUUGCAGAAAGAAAUGGUUACACUUGUGAUGCACCAAAUGAAGGAUUAAUUUGUCUCUCAAGGAAAUAUAAACGACCCCCAACUUAUUAUACCUGCAAUAUCUUAAUAUCUUUAUAUGCUAGAUUGUAUUGCAUAUCAUGUUUCUUUUUAAUGAUUCAAUAAACAGUGAUGGUGUAAAUAAGAAAAAAAGUCUUUUGAAUGUGUUAAUUAGUGCUCAUCCGAAUGAAAAAAUGGGAAUAGUCAUCUUGUCAUUCGAGUAAAGAUGAUCAUGAUCAAGCACUCGUGCAAACUUGCAAACUGGAUUAUUAGACAAGCGGAUUCGAUUCGAUGCAUUUUAAAGACAAUUUUGAUACCUUCAUUUUGAAACUGACUUUGUCAACACAUCUGCGAAGAAAAACAUAUUCGUCCCACUACUUAAUAUACAUGUACACCGUUGCCCGACAUAGCUGUACACAAGGCCUUGAAUACGUCUCUAAGUUCGAGGAGCCCCGCCCGUUCAAUAUUUCAUAAAUUGAUUAAGCCAAUACAUUUUUUAAUUUCACUAAAUACAAAACAACACAAUGAAAUGUUGCAGGUGAGACACAAUAAAAGCAUAUUGCUUGCAAAUGUGCUUCUCUCAGUUGCAAGAAGGUAUGCAGACAAGGCCUAUAUAUUGAGAAAUUAAGACAGCAAUCAAAUCUACAAUAAGCCAAUGACAAACAAACUAGCAACAUCAUAUGCAAAAAAAUAAAAGCUUUAAAAUCAUAAGGCAAGUAAAAGAGAGUUAUUUUGAUAUUUACAUUAAAGGGCAUAUUUUGAAUGGAUGCUUUUUUCAC